AUGGCUGCCUGUGUCGACAAGUGGCACCCCACGCACGCCGGCCGCCUCUCCGGCGCCAUCUACCGCUUCUUGCCGGACGGCGCCACGGACCGCGCGGUGGUCACCACCGCGCCGGCGUCCGCGAGCGGCGGCGGCGACGACGUCUGGGACGAGCUGCGCGCGGAGGCGCAGGCCGACGCGGACGCCGAGCCUCUGCUCCGCAAGUUCUAUGGCGACCUCGUGCUGUCGCGCCAGUCGCUGGAGGCCGCCCUCGCGGCGCACCUGUCGGCCAAGCUCUGCGUCCCCGGCGUGCUGCCGCAAGACGCGCUGCGGGACCUCCUGGCGGCCGCGCUGGCCGCGCACCCUGACGCCGGCCGCGCUGCGCGCGCCGACCUCCGUGCGGCGCGCGACCGCGACGCGGCCUGCGAACGGAUGGUGCACUGCUUCCUCUACUACAAGGGCUUCCUCGCCCUGCAGGCGCACCGCGCCGCGCACGGGCUCUGGUCCGAGGGCCGGUCCGCCGCGGCGCUCCUCCUCCAGAACCGCGCGUCCGAGGUGUUCGGCGUCGACAUCCACCCGGGCGCGCGCAUUGGCUCGGGCAUCCUGUUCGACCACGCCACGGCGAUCGUCAUCGGCGAGACGGCCGUCGUCGGGAACGACGUCUCCAUCCUGCACGGCGUCACACUCGGCGGCACGGGGAAGGAGUCCGGCGACCGGCACCCCAAGGUCGGGGACGGGGUGCUGAUCGGCGCCGGCGCCAGCGUGCUCGGCAAUGUGCGGAUUGGAGCCGGGGCGAAGAUCGGAGCUGGGGCGGUCGUGCUGCGGGACGUGCCGGAGGGAACCACGGCCGUCGGGAACCCCGCAAAGGCGGUCGGGAAGAAGGCGGCGCCGCAGCGGCGGCGGCCGGAAGAGCAGCCCGGGGUGACCAUGGAGCAAGGGUCGUCGGACUACGUGAUUUGA